AUGCAGCUCUUCUCCCUGUUAUUGGCAACUGGGCUUGCCAGUGCCUACACCGUCACAACAGUCGAUCAAUUUAUGUUCAAGAAUAUCGAUCCUAUCGUCUCGCCUGGUCUAUAUGUCAGCCAUAUGCACAGCUUCUUUGGCUCUGAUGCGGUCAACACCAAUACGUCGACCUCUGCUGAGCUGCGGGAGGGCUGCUCCACUGCUAGAAAUCCUAAUGAUUUCUCCGUCUACUGGAUCCCGACUCUCUACCUGGUCGACAAAAGCGCACCCGAAGGGCAGACCCACCAGCCCAUCACCCCUAUGCGUUUCAGCGCUUACUACGAACUCCUGAAUGAAGCCGAGAUCCCCCUCCCAGAGAACUUCCAGAUGGUCGUAGGAAACGCUUCCGCCACAGGGCCAGAGGGCCUUGAUCCCGACGUCCAAGUGAGCUGGGCCUGUGAAGGCGAUGAAGCCGAAGAAGGAAAAGAACUCGCAGCCUUCCCAACCAGGACAUGCUCUACGCAUCUCCAGACCCUUCUUUGGUUUCCGGAUUGCGCUAACCCAGACACUUUUGAGACCGCGUACUCAAAGAACCCCAAGGCUUUUGAGGGCUAUGGCGAGAACUGGUGCCCCAUCGGGAUGUACAAGAUCCCCCGCUUGAGGUUUUCAAUCCGGUACGACUUGAGAAAGCUUCUGCCGGAUGGCUGGGACGGUGAGCCGCCACUUGAGCUCGCUUGCGGAAACUCGUUCUGCAGUCAUGGGGACUUCAUCAAUGGAUGGUUGCCCGAGGCGGCGGAGUAUAUGCUGCAGGAUCCGUCGAAAAGGGAAUAUUUCCAAAUCAAGGGGCCAUUAGGUGCAGGAGAUGAGGGAACAGCAUGUGAGAGAACAGCAGAGGACAGUGAUCCAGAGCAUGGGACGAGUGACUAUCUGGAAAGCUUGGAGAUGAUGGGGAAGGCCACUGCUGUGGAUGCUAAGAAGGUCCGAAGACACCGCCGUGCAGGUCUUCACCGCGUCUAG